AUGUCGCUGCUGCAAUCUGCGCUGGAUUUCUUGGCGGGCCCAGGCUCUCUGGGCGGUGCUGCCGGCCGCGACCAGAAUGACUUCGUGGGACAGACGGUGGAACUGGGAGAUCUGCGGCUGCGGGUGCGGCGGGUCCUGGCCGAGGGAGGGUUUGCAUUUGUGUACGAAGCUCAGGAUCUUGGGAGCGGUAAAGACUAUGCUUUAAAGAGGCUGUUGUCCAACGAAGAGGAGAAGAACAGAGCCAUCAUUCAAGAAGUCUGUUUCAUGAAGAAACUUUCCGGCCACCCCAACAUUGUCCAGUUUUGUUCUGCAGCGUCCAUAGGAAAGGAAGAGUCGGACACGGGGCAGGCUGAGUUCCUGCUGCUGACGGAGCUCUGUAAAGGACAGCUGGUGGAUUUUAUAAAGAAAAUUGAGUCUCGAGGUCCUCUCUCGUGCGACACGGUUCUGAAGAUAUUUUAUCAGACGUGCAGAGCAGUGCAGCACAUGCAUAAGCAGAAGCCGCCCAUCAUUCACAGAGACCUCAAGGUUGAAAACUUGCUGGUUAGUGACCAGGGGACCAUCAAGCUGUGUGACUUUGGCAGUGCCACGACCAUGUCGCAUUACCCUGACUACAGUUGGAGCGCUCAGAAGCGAGCGAUGGUGGAGGAAGAGAUCACAAGGAACACGACUCCUAUGUACAGAACACCAGAGGUCGUGGACUUGUACGCCAACUUCCCGAUCAACGAGAAGCAGGAUAUCUGGGCCCUGGGCUGCAUCUUGUACCUGCUGUGCUUCCAGCAGCACCCUUUUGAAGAUGGAGCCAAACUUCGAAUUGUUAACGGGAAAUUCUCCAUUCCUCUGAACGACACUCGGUACACCGUCUUCCACGAUCUCAUUCGUUCCAUGCUGAGGGUCAACCCGGAUGAGCGACUGUCCAUCACGGAGCUGGUCAACCAGCUCCAGGAAAUCGCUGCUGCCAGAAACGUGAAUCCUAAAUCUCCCAUCACAGAGCUCCUGGAGCAGAACGGAGGCUAUGGAAACUGUGCCCAGUACCGAGGGCCACCCCCUUCUGGAUGCCCAGCUGCCCGGCCCUCAGGCCCUGUGAGCAGCGGGUACAGUGGAGGCCUGACUGUUGCUGAGUACGACCAGUCCUACAGCGGGUUCUUGGACAUCCUCAGAGGAGGCACCGAGCGGCUCUUCACCAACCUCAAGGACACCUCCUCCAAGGUCAUUCAGUCUGUUGCUAAUUAUGCGAAGGGAGACUUGGACGUAUCCUACAUUACAUCCAGAAUUGCCGUGAUGUCGUUCCCGGCCGAAGGUGUGGAGUCCGCAAUCAAAAACAACAUCGAGGAUGUGCGGCUCUUCCUGGACUCCAAGCACCCCGGACACUACGCGGUCUACAACCUGUCCCCCAGGACGUACCGGCCCUCCCGGUUCCACAAUCGGGUGUCAGAGUGUGGCUGGGCUGCCAGGCGGGCGCCAGGUCUGCACAGUCUGUACAGCAUCUGCAGGAACAUGCACUCGUGGCUGAAGCAAGACCACAGAAACGUGUGUGUGGUGCACUGCAUGGACGGGAGAGCCGCGUCGGCCGUGGUGGUCUGCUCCUUCCUGUGCUUCUGCCGCCUCUUCAGCACCGCCGAGGCCGCCGUGUACAUGUUCAGCAUGAAGCGGUGCCCGCCGGGCAUCUGGCCGUCCCACAAGAGGUACAUAGAGUACAUGUGUGACAUGGUGGCAGAGGAGCCCAUCACGCCACACAGCAAGCCCAUCCUGGUGAAAGCCGUCACCAUGACGCCCGUGCCCCUGUUCAGCAAGCAGCGAAAUGGCUGCCGGCCCUUCUGUGAAGUCUACGUCGGAGAUGAACGCGUGACCACCACGUCCCAGGAGUAUGACAAGAUGAAGGAUUUUAAGACUGAAGAUGGCAAAGCAGUGAUUCCCCUGGGCAUAACAGUGCAAGGAGACGUGCUCAUUGUCAUCUACCACGCCAGAUCCACCCUGGGAGGACGGCUGCAGGCCAAGAUGGCCUCCAUGAAGAUGUUCCAGAUUCAGUUCCACACUGGAUUUGUGCCUCGGAAUGCAACUACUGUGAAAUUUGCAAAGUAUGACCUGGAUGCAUGUGACAUCCAAGAGAAGUACCCCGAUCUGUUCCAAGUGAACCUGGAGGUGGAGGUGGAGCCCCGGGACCGGCCCAGCCGAGAGGCCCCGCCAUGGGAUAGCCUGGGCAUGAAGGGACUCAAUCCCAAAAUCCUGUUCUCCAGCCGGGAGGAGCAGCAGGACAUCCUGUCCAAGUUUGGUAAACCCGAGCUCCCCAGGCAGCCCGGCUCCACAGCCCAGUACGACGCCGAGGCGGCGGUACAGUCCCCGGAAGGGGAGCUCACAGGGUCAGAGUCUCCACAGAGCAGCUCGGAUACAAACCACUUCCUCCACACUCUGGACUGGCACGAAAGGAAAGAACCAGAAGCUGGCGUCGAGAACGACUUUCUCAAAGAGAACCAGUCCGCGGUGAUAGAAGACAGAGACGAGAGCGAGCUGUCGGAUGAGGAGGUUGCUGCCUUCUCUGGCGAGAGCUGGGAGGUCACGGCCGAGGACAGGUCGGUCUGCACGGGAACGGCUGAAGAGCAAGACCUGAUUUUCGCGGCCGAAACACCCACCCCGCCAGAGGAGCCUGUGCCUGAGGACAGCGUGGACCUGCUGGGGCUGCAUUCGGAGCCGGGGCCAGCGCCGGGGCCCCCUGCGCAGGGUGGUGCGGGCGCCUCCAGCAACGCCGAGCUGCUCAGCUGUCUGUUUGUGCCUCCCGCGGCCACUCCUGAAGGCCCCACGGGCGACCUGCUCGGCGGGGAGGCUGCACUGUUCUUCACCACCCCCAGCUGUCCCCAAGGAGCUCCGGACGCACCUCGCGAGGGACCCACUGCAGCUGCUGACCCAUUUGACCCUUUCCUGAUGUCAGCCGAUUCAGACGCUCAGACCUGCUCCGACCCUGAUCUCUUGGACAAGUUCCUUCAUCCUGACCCCUCAGCCACGCCGCCUACCGUGUUCCCCUCCAUGCACAGCGCCCCGCCCCUCUCCUCCAGUGUGGACUUCCUGCACCUGGAGGAUCUGCCGGCAGAGCCCAGCAGGAUGACGGCCUCCUCCAGCCACCCGGAUCUCCUGGGAGGAUGGGACACCUGGGCUGGGGCUACAGCCUCCAUGCCAGCCCCCAAGCCAGCUGCAGAAGGCCCCCUCUGCUCUUCUGGAGGUCAGCCAGCAACCCCGCCCGGCCCCUCAACCACCCGGAUCAAGUCACAGAACGCGGACCCCUUUGCCGACCUCGGUGACCUGGGUGCAGGCCUCCAGGGCACGCCCAGCGGGUUCCCUCCAGGUGGCUUCAUUCCCAAGACAGCCCCACCUCCCAAGGGUGGUGGCAGCUCCUGGCAGGCAAGCCGAUCCUCCGCCCAGGGCACCUCCUGGUCCCCCCAGGUCAAGCCACCCUCUACCAAAGCCUGCCCACAGCUGAGGCCCAACUACCCGAAGUUCAGCGUAAUUGGGGGCCGUGAGGAGAGGGGUGUUCGCACCCCCAGUUUCGGUCAAAAGGCAAAAGUUUCAGAAAAUGACUUUGAAGACCUGCUGCCCAAUGAAGGCUUUCCCUCUAAAUCUGACAAAAAAGGACCAAAGACCAUUGCUGAGAUGCGCAAGCAAGAGCUGGCCAAGGACACGGACCCACUCAAGCUCAAGCUCCUCGACUGGAUCGAGGGCAAGGAGCGGAACAUCCGGGCACUGCUGUCCACGCUGCACACGGUGCUCUGGGACGGCGAGGGCCGCUGGACGCCUGUGGGCAUGGCUGACCUGGUGACGCCCGGCCAGGUGAAGAAACACUACCGCCGGGCUGUGUUGGUGGUUCACCCCGACAAGGCCGCAGGGCAGCCCUACGAGCAGCACGCCAAGAUGAUAUUCAUGGAACUGAGCGACGCCUGGGCCGAGUUUGAGAACCAGGGCUCCCGGGCCCUCUUCUGA